AUACACAUAAAAAAUUACAUACAUAUUAGAGAGAGUGAAAAUGGUUUGGAGAGGGAUUUUUGUGAUUCUAUCAGUUCUAUUUGCAGUUUGUGUAGCAGUAGAAGAGAAAGAGCAUGUGUUAACAUUAGACCAUACAAACUUCACCGACGUUGUAUCCAACCACAACUUCAUUGUCGUUGAAUUCUACGCCCCCUGGUGUGGACACUGCCAGAAACUUGCCCCUGAGUAUGAAAAAGCUGCUUCAGUAUUGAGUAGUCAUGACCCUCCAAUUGUUCUAGCUAAAAUUGAUGCAAGUGAUGAGGCAAAUAGAGGACUCGCAACACAAUAUCAGCUCAAGGGCUUCCCAACUAUUAAGAUUUUCAGGAAUGGAGGAAACAAUAUUCAAGAAUAUAAUGGUCCUCGCGAAGCAGAUGGUAUAGUAGCAUAUAUAAAGAAACAAUCAGGUCCUGCAUCUCCUGAAAUCAAGUCGAAAGAAGAUGCUGCAAAUGUCAUCGAUGAGAAAAAGAUCAUUGUCGUUGGUAUAUUUCAAGAACUCUCAGGGGAGAAAUUUGAAAACUAUACAACAUUAGCUGAAAAACUAAGAGCUGACUAUGACUUUGCUCACACCGUUGAUGCCAAAUUCCUCCCUCGGGGCGAGCAAGUUGAUAAGCCAACCCUUCGUCUCCUUAAGCCAUUCGAUGAACUCUUCGUUGAUUUUGAGGAUUUUGAAGUCGAAGCAAUGGAGAAGUUCAUUGCAGAAUCUAGUAUUCCUAUUGUUACUUAUUUUGACAAAGAUCCAGAAAACUCAAUUUAUGUCAGCAAGUUCUUUAAUGGUAUCGGCGCAAAGGCAAUGCUUUUCGUGAACUUUAGCACUGAGCUCGACGCGUUUCAAUCCAAGUAUAAGGAUGUUGCUGUGCUCAACAAGGAGAAUGGUCUGAAAGGAUUGAGCUUUCUGUUGGGAGAUGUUGAGGCUGGUGAAGGUGCAUUCAGUUACUUUGGGCUAAAGCCAGAACAGGCACCUCUGAUCAUAAUAAUGGAGAAUGAUGGACAAAAGUAUCUCAAGGCACAUGUAGAACCCGAUGCAAUUGCUUCUUGGUUGAAGGAUUACAAGGAUGGAAAAUUGAAGCCAUACGUAAAAUCACAACCUAUCCCUGAGGUUAACGACGAGCCUGUGAAGGUGGUUGUUAGAGAUACUCUCGAAAAAAUGGUUCUCAACUCUGGCAAAAAUGUACUGCUAGAGUUCUAUGCACCUUGGUGUGGCCACUGCAAGGCGCUCGCUCCAAUCUUGGACGAAGUAGCUGUCUCGUUCGAGAAAGAUUCUAAUGUUCUGAUUGCCAAAUUGGAUGCAACUGCAAAUGAUAUUCGUACAGAUGAAUUUGACGUUAAAGGAUUCCCAACUGUGUACUUCAAAUCUGCUUCUGGUAAAUUGUCUCAGUAUAACGGCGAAAGAACAAAAGAGGCCAUCAUUGAAUUUAUUCAGCAGAAUCGCGACGAUAAACCUGCUCAGUCUGAAGCUGAUUCCACCACACCAGAAUCAGUGAAUACAGAUUCAGCAAAAGAUGAGCUAUAAAGAGGUCUUUGCCAUUCUGUCUCCAUAGAGAGGACUCAAGUUUUGUCGUGGAUUUGCUGCUUUCCUUUCUCUUUUAUUUGAGUUUAGGUGUUUUUUUUUAAUUACUGUAAAAUGGUUGUAUCAUGUGCACCAUUUUAUUAUGUAUGAGGUGCAACUGAAUCUAAAUUACUAUUAUUAUUAUUAUCAAUUCACAACU